GGAGCCGGGAGCUGCCGUUUUGUCGGCUAAAAUCUCAUAUAUAUUGUUUUCUUAAAUUUUUCAUUGUACUUAAUUCGAGUGUUUUGUUUUUAUUAAUAUAAUCCAAGGACACGCUAGGCAUCGGUGUCAGAAGUCAAAGUGCAAACUAUCAGAUAUGACAAGUAUUCAUCAUUUUCCGAGGCAAUAACAUUUUUGUCAUUAAUUAGCGAUGAUUACUCGCGCCGGGAAUAAACUUUCUGAAACUGGGCUCAUUGCUGUUCCAAGUACUGUACUAUUAUAUAUCUGUACAUACAAUACACGUAUACAGUUAGAUACACAGUAAGUUUAGAUGGGUUUCUGACAUUAUUUAACAAUACAAAGACAUAGAAUUGUGACAAUGAAACGUAAAGCCACAAGUUUUACAAGUGAUACCAACAAGUCAGCGACUGCGAGUAAACAUCAUUGGUCGGCUGGUUUACUUAAAUCAAUAGAGGAUCCUGAAUGUAAAGUCAAAGAAGACGAUAAAAUAAUUGCCAUCAAAGAUAAGUACCCUAAAGCGCAAUUUCACUACUUGGUUCUACCGAAAGAGGACAUUCUCUCUAUAUGGCAUGUCAAAAAGGAUCACCAAGAUUUGCUUACGCAUAUGCACAAUAUUGCAUGUGACCUGGUAAAAGUCCAAGUGGAUCAUGAAUUCAUCAUAGGUUAUCACGCGAGGCCAACUAUGCAGAGGCUGCAUUUACACGUAAUAAGCACGGAUUUUAAUAGUCCUUGUCUUAAAACAAAGUACCAUUGGAAUUCUUUUACAACACCAUUUUUCUUAUAUUCGUCAGAUGUAUGUCGUCAAUUGCGCGAAGAGGGCGAAAUCAAAAAGGUUUCUCCGCAGAAGUGUACAGACUAUCUGCAGACAAAACUGAAGUGUCACAAAUGCUCAACACAGCCGAAAAAUAUGCCAGAUUUGAAAAGGCAUUUAUUAACACACAUCGAUAAAUGAAAACAAUAAAGAAUAAAAUAUAGAAUGUACAGGUAAUUUAAGACUUUUAUGUAAUAAAAAAAAUAUGAAUUGUCUCUAGAAAAUAAUUCUUUCUCAAUAUCUUUAUAUCAUUAAACAGCUUGCAACCCAGAAAUAUUUAGUAUAACGCAAUCGACAAGCAAAAAAAGUAUGUUACAUUAUUAU